AUUAUUUUUCAACCCUUGGAAACUCUUUUAUCUUUUUUAAAAGAGUCAUUUUAUCCCGAGAAAAGUUUAAAUACAUACGACAAUAAUACAAUAUGGGACAUUCUUCACAAGAUCAUUCUAGAGAUCCUUGCCCUUGGGUCAUCCUUAACGAUUUAGGUGGUGCUUUUGUUAUGGGUGCUGUCGGUGGUGGUAUUUGGCAUUCGGUUAAAGGAGCAAAGAACUCGCCCAAGGGUGAACGUUUGACUGGUGCAGUUUCUGCCAUGAAGGCUCGUGCACCUGUUUUGGGUGGUAACUUUGCUGUUUGGGGUGGUCUUUUCUCAACAUUCGAUUGUGGUUUAAAGGGUAUUAGACAAAAGGAAGAUCCUUGGAACUCAAUUAUUUCUGGUGGUUUGACUGGUGGUGUUUUAGCCGCUCGUGGUGGUGUCAAAGCUGCUGCUGUCUCUGCUGUUGUUGGUGGUGCUCUUCUUGCCUUGAUUGAAGGUGUUGGUAUUGGUAUCACUAGAAUGACUGCCGAUCAAAACAAGCCUGUCAUGCCUCAGAUCUAAGAAAAAAAAACAAAAAAAAAAUUACUAGAUUACUUUUUUCUCUCCACACUAUCCCCAUGUGUAUAUAUUAUACGUCCUCUCCCCUUUCUUCCUUAUAUAUAUAUAUAUAUAAAUAUUUUUAUUAUGUAUUAGUGCUUAUUGUCCAGUCAAGAUACCUGGAUGUUAUUAUCAUGGACUUUGCAAUAAACGAUUUCAGAUAAAAAGCAAACACUAUUCAAACUGAGCAACAAUAG